UGGGUUCCCCGGCUCCCGGACUACGACUACUUCACACUUCACAGACAAUUGGUGUCUGCGCUAGUUGCCGUACGUCAGUACCGCGUGGUCCGCCUGGUCGUAUUCGUCACAUAUAUUACACAAAAUAUAAUACCCAUUGUAUUAAACUCAGAAAUACACAGUUAUAUCAUUUACACGCCGUCAUCAAGUCGCGGUUAGAAAUCAAACGGAACCGGGAUUUAGAAAACGACUGCACUUCAUUGUAACAACACUAUUGUUGUCAAUCUCCCGAGUCCCGAUCGUUACACUCUCUUCGGCCGGCAACGAGAAAAUCGUUAUAAUGCUCGUCAAACUCGCUGCAGUGUUUUGGACUGUCGGUCUAACAUGCGGAUCACCAAGCCACGGAGAAAAUGAACAAUCAUUUGGUUACGAUUCUGGAGAGCUUGAUCCUUUACAUUGGGCAACAGAAUAUAAAACAUGUUCAGGAAAAUAUCAAUCGCCAAUCGAUAUCGAGGAGAAUCUUGUGACGAAAGUAAAUCUACCACUUUUACGAUUUCACAAUAUUGACACACUUCCCACAUCAACAAUCAUAACAAAUAAUGGACAUACAGUGGUCUUACAAUUGAAUUAUACUGCACCAGUAAUGAUCAGUGGAGGUCCCCUGACUCCAGCUUACAAAUUUAAUCAAUUACAUUUCCAUUGGGGUGUUAAUGACUCAUUGGGUAGUGAAGACCUAAUUAACAACCAUAGCUACCCAAUGGAAUUGCAUAUGGUAUUUUCAAACACAGAUUAUGAUGAUGACAAAAUAGCCUUAACAAAAAAUGAUGGAUUGGUUGUCUUAGCAAUGUUCUUUGAAAUAACAAAAGAGGACAAUCUUGUAUACUCAGAAAUCGUUGACAGCUUGGCUCAAAUAAAUAUGCCUGAUCAAUCAACACAUUUACCAGUUGGAUUCACCAUAAGAUCUAUGUUACCCGUAUCUACUGAACACUAUUUCACAUACAAGGGUUCCUUAACUACACCACCUUGUUUAGAAGUUGUUCAAUGGAUAGAUUUCAAACAUCCAAUUAAAUUAUCUCAUAACCAGGUUCAAGCUUUUCGUAUGUUGCGUUCAAAACACGGACAAUUAACACACAAUUCUAGGCCUGUACAAGAGUUGUCGGGGAGACCGGUGUGGUAUAAUGUAGGUGGCUUUGCAUCUUUGAAUACCCCAAUUAUUGAGAGAAGUUGUGCUUCACCAUUUGGUCUUGUUAUGUCUGAUAUUAUCUUAUUAUUGGGCUGCAAACUCGUUGCACUAAUGCUAUUUUAAUUUCUCUUUUGUAUUUAAAACCAAUUUAACCAUCAACAGAAUUUUGUUAAAUUAUUUUGCUCCAUCAAAAGGAUAAUUAUAUUUUAAAUUAAUCAACAUGUAUAUAUACGUAAAACAAAAAUUGUAUAACUAUUUAUGUGAUAGAUCUCAACAGUAUAUUCUUAGACGAUUUGUAUGUUUUACUUCUAUUUAACGAAACAUUUUUUUUGUAUUUUACUAUUAUUUUCAUGAAAAUGAUAUACUAAGAACUUUUUCUUAAAAUAAUUUUACCAUUUAUUUUUUUACUUAUCAUUUUAAUUACUUACCUUUAUAUUGUAAUUUUUAUGAGUUACUUGAUUUGAAGAUAACAAUUUUUGAAACACAUUUUAAAAACACUUAUGUCAUUACAGAACAACAUUUUUCACAUUUAUAAUCAAAUGAAAUACACUUCAUUUGUCUUCAAUAAAAAUGACAGCCAUAUUUUAUAAUUCCAUUGUUUAUUUAAUGAUAUACCUAGCUAGAAAAUAAGUAGGUAUUUUUAAAUAAUGAUUUUGCAUUAUAAUGUAUAUUUCUGUUCGGUUUAAUUAAUAUUAAAUAAAUAUUGUUAAACAAAGUUCAGGUAAUGCAAAUAAAAUUAUAAUUAUAUAUUUAAUUUUUGUAAUUAGUAAUACAAAUUGAAUAUAUAAAUAUAACAUAAUGUUCAAGUAAUAGUUCUCGGGAGUUUUCUAACUUGUCUUCUCCAUUUAUUUCAUUUAUGAAUAUGGACAUAAUAUUUAUAAAAUAAUUGCCAAAAUUAUAUAAUUUAUUUAUAUGCAUUACAUUUAUUAUUUUGUAUUGAUUAAAAAUAAGGCUUGAACGCCUAGAACAUUAUUUUUAAUUUAUUAUUUUAUAAAAGUACAUACUUUAUCAGAAUUGUAUAAAUGUUUGAUACUGUUACAUAAUACUAUUGUAAAAUAUAAAUUAGGUAACUAAAUUUACGAAUAGAAAAAAAGUAUUAUAAAAUUAAAAUUUACCUUGUUGAGAUAGAAUUGUAGAGCCAGUUAAUAUAUUAUGAGAAAUAAAAAUGCUUUAAUAAGUUUAAUUUAAUGAUAUUUGUAUUUAUAUAAUUCAAAAAUAUAUUUUCUACCUACAUUAUGAUAUAUUAAAAAAAAUACUUUUUAGUAUACCUAUAUUAUAAGAUUCUGUUAUACGAUACCUAAUUUUUCAAUUAUAAUUAUAGACUAGUCUUAAGCUAUUUAA